GGCCAGGAGGAGUUUCCUGGAAACUGAAAGCGAAAGGGGUGGAGUGAGCUUUACCCGGUCACCGCAGCUCCAGGCGCCCAGCCGAGGAUGGCUCGCGCCGCCGGCCCCUUCCCGCUGCUGGUGGAGGGGUCCUGGGGCCCCGAUCCCCCGAAGAACUUGAGCACGAAGUUGCACAAGUACUUCCAGAGCCGGAAGAGAUCCGGAGGCGGCGAGUGCGAGGUCCGCCAGGAGCCUGGGAACCCCCCGCGCUUCCUGGUGCUCUUCUUCCCUGAGGACGUUCGGCAGAAGGUUCUGGAGAAACAGAAUCAUGAGUUGGACUGGCCAGGAACAGGAACAUUCAAGCUCACUGUCCGGUUACCCAUGGCCCCAGAUGAAGGCCCUGUCUUUAAGGGGGAAAUUCCAAGCGAGGAAUCCCAGGUGAAUGAAGAUGUUAAAGAACUAGAUGUGUCAGAAGAGCUGGACACAAAACUUUCUCUUAGUAGUACAUCGGAAACACAGGAAGACAUCCCAAGAAAAUGUGGAAACAUUUCCUGCUUGGUGGCACUUGAAAAUCUUAAGGCAAAUGUGACUGACAUGAUGUUGACCUUACUAGUGGAGAACAUAAGUGGCCUUCCCAGUGAUGACUUUCAGAUGGAAGUAAUCCGAGACUGUGAUGUGGCUGUGGUUACUUUUCUACAGCAUAGAGAUGCCAUCAAAUUUGUUGAUGAUUGUGCCAGGCACCAUUCAAUUAAAAAACUUCAGGUUUCUCCAAGACUUCUGGAAAUGACAAAAACAAUCAGAGUUGAAAACCUGCCCCCUGGUGUUGAUGACUACCAGUUACAACUUUUCUUUGAAAAUCCAUUCAAUGGAGGAGGAAAAGUUACCAGUGUUGAAUGUUUUCCAGAUGAGAGUUCAGCUCUGGUUGAAUUCUGUGACAGAAAAGUGUUAGAAACCAUCAUGGCCAACAAACAUAACUUCAAUAAGAUGCCAAUAUCAAUUUUCCCCUACUAUGCAUGUUUGGGCACAGCCUUGUAUGGGAAGGAGAAGCCUCUGAUCAAACUCCCAGCACCAUUCAAAGAGAUAUUGGAUCCUCAUUUAUGGAAGUUUUUUCAGAAAGAAGGGCAUCUGAUCCAGGAGAUAAAUGAUGAAAUGAGACAGCGUCACUGUGAGCUAACAUGGUCCCAACUCAACGGUACAGUUACCAUCAGACCUGCAGCCACGUUGGGCAGUCAAAGAAGAUCACAAAUCAAGACCUGGCAGAAAGAGGCAUCCACAGCACUCGCUGCCAUCAGGUCUAAAUAUGAAAUUAUCUCACUUCAAGUGGAGCCAGGAGUGUGGGACACCAUCAAACAAGAUCUAGAAGAUGGUAGGAUUUUGAUUGAGUUUGAUCCAACUGAGGAGAUGGUCAUCUUAGCAGGAAAAUCAGAAGAUGUCCAAAACAUUACCUUGAAAACUAAGGAAUUAAUAGAAAGCAUCAUGCAGAAAAUUAGAAAGGAACAGGAGAGUCUGGAGGAAAAAGUGGCCAUUUCUCCAGGAAAGUAUUUUCUUUUGUACCACAGUGGUAGCCUGAAGCGUCUAUGCAUGGAGUGCCCAGAGAUGGAGCUUUCUUACAAUGAAUCCACUCACUACCUGUGCCUGAAAGGCCCCCGUGCAGAUGUGUAUAAAGUAAAGAGUGAAGUCUUGGCAAUGAUGUUUGCCAUGGUGCAUAAAACGUUUCCGAUUUCUUCUGAGGUCUCCUCCUUUUUGCAACAGGUAGACUGUAAAGAAUUGUCUCUGUUUCUCUUUAUAAAACAGAAAAUUCUUGCAAUAUAUGAGCUAAAGGAUACAACUGUUGACUUGACCAGCUGUUCUGCUAAAGAUCAAGAACAAGCUGAGGAGCAAAUGCUCAGUGCCUUACAUUUUAAACGCAUUGAAGUUGAGGACAAGGAAAUUCUUAAUGGCAACAAGUGGAAAAAGAAAAUUAAUGAUUUGCAAAAGAAACACAAUUCCCACACAAAGGUGGUGGUAAUCACUGAAUUGACUUCAGGAUCUCCAGCUGAGGUGAUCAUUGCAGGUUGUGUAAGAGAAGUCGAGGAUGUCUAUAGCUUGCUUUUUGACUUCCUGGAAAAACAUAUGAGAAUAGAGAGCUUCAUUGAGGUCAAGCCAUCCUUGCUUUUAAACUACUUCAGGGCAAACAAGAAGGAAUUCUGGCCAAAGAAGACAAGUGUGCAGGUAAUUUUCCAGCCUGAAAACAGAAAGAAUGGCAUUUUACUUAUUGGUACCAAGAGUGAAGUACUGGAAGGCACAGACAUCAUCAAGAAAGCUCAGAAUUCAAUCUGUGUUAAAACCUUUGACAUUGAUAAGCCAGGAACCAGGCAGUUCUUCCAGGAUAAAAUAUUGUUUUACAGAAGUGAGGUGAGGCGGUUGUAUAGCUGUUUCAUUGAACUCCUAGAGAACAAGGAAAAGGACGAGAAGGGCACCAACUUCAAGAGGGAGCUGGCCCCUGGUGUCAUGCUGAUUGUGAAGCAGGGUGACUUAACUCAGUUUCCAGUUGAUGUGGUAGUGAAUGCAGCAAAUGAAGACCUCAUGCAUGUUGGUGGGCUUGCUGCUGCUCUCUUAAAGGCAGCUGGCCCUGAGCUUCAAGAAGAUUGUGACCAGAUAGUGAAGAAAAAGGGCAAGAUCCUACCUGGCAAUGCCACCAUUUCAAAAGCAGGAAGGCUCCCUUGCCACCGUAUGAUUCAUGUAGUAGGGCCUCAGUGGAAUGAAGAUGACGCCUCAAGGUGUGUAUUCCUAUUAAAGAGAGCUGUGGAAGCCAGUCUUCAUUUAACGGAACAAUAUAAGUACCGAUCCAUAGCCAUCCCGGCUAUCAGUUCUGGAAUCUUUGGUUUUCCCCUGUACCAGAGUGUACAGAGCAUCAUUACAGCCAUAAAAGACUACUACCAAUAUCAGCAGGAAGGUGGCUCCUUGAAAGAGAUUUACCUUGUUGGCCCAUCUAAGAAGACUGCUGAGACCUUUGUUGAGGCUAUAAAAAGUAUAGUUGAAGACACCCAAACCAGUACAGAUUCCCAGGCUGAGAAUGAGUUGCUGACUGACACAGAUUUCCUGCCCAAGACAGAAUUCUUGCCUGAUAGAGCCUCCCACCUCGGUUUCACAGUGGCACACCCAACUGUACAGAUACCACAGAAACCUCCUUGUCUCGUAGCCCCAGGAGGCCUAAGAAUGCUAUUGGUAAAAAGAGGUGUGCAGGAUGCAAAAACCCAUGUCAUUGUCAACUCCAUCUCCUCGGACCUUGUACUUGGUAGUGGACCCCUUUCUCAAGCAUUCUUGGAAAAGGCUGGGCCAAAGCUCCAGGAGGAGUUGAAGGCUGCUGGACAAGGGGUCGCUGUUGGUGUGGGCACCAUUCUCCAAACUAGUGGUUGUAAUCUGGAUUGUCGCCAUGUGCUUCAUGUGGUGGCUCCCAUGUGGAGAAGUAACAAGAUGACUUCAUUAAUGAUCAUGAGAGACAUAAUCAGAGACUGUUUGGAGAUCACUGAGAAGUUGUCGUUACAAUCCAUUGGAUUUCCAGCAAUAGGGACAGGGAAUUUGAGAUUUCCUAAAACUGUAUUUGCUGAUUUAAUCAUUUCAGAAGUUUUGAAAUUUAGUAGCAAUAAUCAACUGAAAACUUUGCAAGAGGUUCAAUUUCUGCUGCACCCAACAGAUCAUGAAAAUAUUCAGGCAUUUUCUGAUGAAUUUUCCAAAAGAAAUAAUGGAAUUCCUAGAGACGAAGCUCCCAAGACUGCAGUCGCACAAGGCUUCUAUGGGGCUGUUUCCAGCCCUAAUUUAGGAGUGUAUGAAAUGAAAAUUGGCCCCAUCCUCUUCCAGGUGGCCUCUGGUGACAUCACCAAAGAAGAAGCAGAUGUGAUCGUAAAUUCAACAUCAAAUACGUUUAACCUCAGAGCAGGGGUCUCCAAGGCCAUUUUGGAAGGUGCAGGACCAGAUGUGCAAAAGGAAUGCUCUCGCCUAGCUCAACAGAGAGUCAAUGAAUAUAUAAUUACGGGAGGUGGAUUACUGAACUGCAAGAAAAUUAUUCAUGUUAUUGGUGGACAUGAUGUCAAGAAAUCUGUUACCUGUGUGUUGAAAGAGUGUGAAAAAUGCAAUUACUCCUCUGUUUGUCUCCCAGCCAUUGGAACAGGAAGUGCCCAACAAGACCCAGAUAAGGUUGCUGAAGCCAUAAUUGAUGCCAUUGAAGCAUUUGUCCAGAAAGGAUUGGUUCAAUCUGUGAAAAAAGUUAAAGUUGUUAUCUUCCUGCCCCAAUUAUUGGAUGUGUUUUAUGCCAACAUGAAAAACAGAGAAGGGUCUCAGGCUGCUCCUCAGCCAUCUGUGAUGUCUAAAAUCGCUUCCUUUUUAGGUUUUCCCAAACAAACUUCCAAAACUCAGAACCCACUGAUUUUGGAAAGGAAAACGGAAGUGACAACUUUCCAGGUAUGUGGUAAAGAUGCAAGCUGUGUGGACAAGGCUGUCUCCUGGAUACAGAAGCUGAUUGAAGAUGAGCAGUGUCUUUACACCAGUGAAGAUGAGUGUAUCAAAAACUUUGGUGUAAAGGAAGGUCAGAAACUGAAUGAGCUGCAGAGAAGGUUAAAUGUUACCAUUUCUCUGGACCAGACCAGACCUCUGAUUAAGGUUUUAGGACUUAGCAGAGAUGUGAUGAAGGCUAGAGAUGCAACUGAGGAAAUGAUCAAGAGCUUUAGAUUGGCCAAAGAAAAGGAAAUCCAGGCAGAUUCUAUCAGUGAAUUUAUACAAUGGCAAUAUAGUGACAACAGCACCUUUCAUAAUUUUGACAAGAUAACAAAUCUGACACUGGAGCAUGCAUGGAAAGCAAAGGACAAGAAUAUCAUUGUCAAAAUUAAUAAUCAGGACUACACAGUUAUCUUCAGCACAUGCACUGCCACAGGUCCAAAUGGACACAGCUUGCCUGUUCAGCGCCUCACAAAACCUGAAGUUGCUAUCCCUGCACACUGGAGUGACAUGAAGCAGCAGAAUUUGUGUGUGGUCGAGGUGCAAUCCAGUGAUCUAGAAUACAAAACUGUGGCAGACAAGUUUCGUGAGACCUGUUCAAACUUCACCAUAGAAAAGAUUGAAAGGAUCCAGAAUUUAAGUCUCUGGAAUAGCUACCAGGCAAAGAAAAAAAGCAUAGAUGCCAAGAAUGGCCACCAAAGAAAUGAGAGGCUGCUCUUCCAUGGGACAGAUAUUAACUCUGUGCCACAUGUCAAUGAAAAUGGCUUUAACCGCAGCUAUGCCGGGAAGAAUGCUGUGUACUAUGGAAAGGGAACCUAUUUUGCUGUCAACGCCGAUUAUUCUGCCCAUGACACAUACUCCAGGCCAGAUGUAAAUGGGAAAAAGCACGUGUACUAUGUUCGCGUCCUCACUGGAGACUACACACGUGGAAAUCAGUCAUACAUUGUGCCUCCUGAGAAGAACCCCCAAAAUCCUACUGACCUGUACGACACUGUUGUGGAUGAUGUUCACAAUCCAAGCUUAUUCGUGGUAUUUUAUGACUACCAAGCCUACCCAGAGUACCUUAUUACUUUUAGACGAUAAUAUUUUGGAAUGCUUUUACAAAAGAACUCCAAAGUCCAAGAUACAGCAUUUUUCUCUGUUAACUUUUUCUAAGAUUACAAGCAUCACUCUGUCAUCGAAAUCAGUUACCUGAGCUUCUCUUCAUAAAGAAAAUGAAUCACUCUUGAGAUAAAAUACAUAUAUCACCCCAUAGUUGCAAUUGUGUGUCCACAACUUACUUGUCUUCACACUGCCCAGUGCAUGAUGCCUGCUAUG